GACAGACGAAACUACCAGUCGCGAGUUGCGCGCGGGCUGCCGCAGUGUAUCGACCCAAUGAGCGCUGCAGGGGGCGUAGCCGCGACGGGAAGCGCGGCGCGACGGGCGGCGCGAGGUGGGAUCGGGCGGCCGCCAUGGCUGACGAGAUCAGCAAGGCGCAGGCCGCGCGCCCCGGCGGCGACACCAUCUUUGGGAAGAUCAUCCGCAAGGAGAUCCCCGCCAACAUCAUCUAUGAGGACGAGCAGUGCCUUGCGUUCCAUGAUAUUUCACCCCAAGCUCCAACACAUUUCCUAGUGAUUCCUAAGAAGCCAAUUGUCAGGUUAUCUGAAGCAGAAGAUUCUGAUGAAUCUCUUCUUGGGCAUUUAAUGAUUGUUGGCAAGAAGUGUGCUGCUAACCUGGGCCUGACCAAUGGAUACCGGAUGGUUGUGAAUGAAGGGCCUGAGGGUGGGCAAUCUGUCUAUCACGUACAUCUGCAUGUUCUGGGUGGUCGUCAGUUGGGCUGGCCACCUGGCUAACAUUUUUACACCACAGGAAUUAACUGCAUGCGUACAAAUUACCACCAAAUAGAUUUAAUAUGUCGCCCAUCAACUAGCCACUGUUAAUGUAUUUUUUUUUGAAUGUGUGUCUAUGGAGGGUAAUAAAUACUCUGAACAACAUUCGCACAAUAAAGAUUUAGCAUGUGGGAAUCA